AUGUCAAACGAUUUAAUACGUCAAUAUGAAACAAAAUUAAAUCAACUAACAUUCAAUUCACGUCCAAUAAUCGAUGAGUUAACAAUUGUAGCAAAAGAUAAUCCAAUUAUUGCAGAUCAAAUAGUAGAUCUUAUAAAAAAUCGAAUUUAUAAAGCUGUACCAGAUCAAAAAUUAUUUAUAUUAUAUUUAUUAGAUUCAAUUUGUAAAACAGUUGGUAAUCCUUAUAAUAUAUUCAUUGCUGAUGAGGUUUAUGAUUUAUAUACUCAUGUUUUUCAAUUUUUAAAUGAUACAUUACGAAAUAAAAUGGUUAAUUUACUUAAUACAUGGAAAGAAAUGAAGACAAUAAGUAAUGAUCCAUUAUUCCCAGAAGAGGAACUAGCUAAAAUUGAAGAAUUUAUAAAGAAAGCUGGAUAUCCAAAAAAUAUCAUACCUGAAGCACAACAAUUAUUAAUUAACGAUAUAACUCAGAUUAUCCCCAUCUUCGAAAAUAAAAUUAAAACUAAUCCUACUCCCAAAUUACAAGAACGUUAUACCGCAUUAGGUCAGUUGAAAACUAUGUUAUCCAAUCAAGUAAUAACACCAGCUGAAUUAGCAGCAGUUCAAAAUCAUCUACAUAAUAUCAAACAACAAGAAUUAAGGAAUAGUAAUACUCCAACUCCAGCUGCAACUCCAGCACCAACUCCAGCACAAGUAACACAACCACCAAUUCAAGUUCAAGUAGCACAGGUUGUAGAACCACAACGUCAAGCUUCGUUACCACCGAAACCACAAUCACGACCACAAACUAACUCAGGUCCUCCGUCAUUACCUCCAGUACCUCAAAUCCCUAAAAUCAAUAUUGCCAUUGGUUUAUUUAAUGACUUAUUGCUAUCUGGUUUAGUUAAAAAGGAUCAAGAACCAAUCCCUGGAUCAAAACCUACAUAUUCAUUAGUAUUUCCCGAGACUAAAUAUUCACCAAUGUCAAAUAACGAAGAAGUUUCAAUAAGUCAGUUAGAAGAUAUACUUUUAGCAAGUUCAGGAGUUGCCAGAUCAGAAUAUGAGAAAUUAAAAUUUGGUGAAAUAUUAACUAUAAGUAAAAAGACAAAAACAAAUGAUCAAUUGCAACAGUUCAUCAAUAGUAAUAAACCAAGUAGUUCCAUGAUUAAUUUAUUAUAUGAAGAUAAACCUAAAAAAUGUCCAACUUGUGGGAAAAGAUUCACUGAUGAUACAGAUGGAUUGACUAAACAUAGAUUACACUUUGAUUGGCAUUUCAGAAUAAAUAAAAAAAUAUCAACAAAAGGUGGAAAUAUCCAAUCUAGAAAUUGGUACUUAGAUGACUAUGAUUGGGUUCAUUUCAAAGAUGAAAACUUGUUAGAAUUUUCAACUACUGAAACAAUUAUGGCAACACCAGAAGUAGAAAUGAAUGUCACUCAACCUGGAAGUCAAUAUGUUGUUGUUCCUCCAAAUGAUACAAAUAUGAUUAAUCGUUGUGUUAUAUGUCGUGAACAAGUUAAAGCUACUUACAAUGAUGAAGUAGGUGAAUGGUGUUGGUUAGAUUGCAUAAGAGUACCUGGGGAACCAAAGAAUAGUAGAAAAAUUGUACAUAUAUCAUGUUUCAAUGAAUCAAACAAAAAGAGAAGUGCAGAAACAGAGUUAAAUACAAAUGUUAAAAGGGAAAAGUUAUAG